AUGCGGCAUAUGCGACCACCGCACGAUCCCUUUGUACAGCCAACAGUCCCAUUUGUCGUCGAUACAAGUGAAGAUGAAGAGGACGUCAAGAUUGCCUUUGCUUCGUACCUGAUCCAGCGAUACAGUAUCAUUUUAAAGAAAAUUCUUCUGGAGGAAGAAAAGUUAUAUUCACCAGCCAAGAUUUAUGUUGACUCCCUUUAUCUUUUGUCAGCUGCGCCUCGACUUCUCAACUCACUAUUCUCGAAGUCACGCAAAAUUCAUUCUGUAUUGGACAGUGCAGCAGCAAUUGCACUUGAUGAAAUAUUUCGGGAGCAGGCUACCCGUAUCUCGCUCGAAGGUGCGAUUCCGUCCAAGAACUACAACACUAGACGGACAAAGACAGUGGUAAGAGUUGUUCUUGAUCUUGAACGUUUCUCGUGUCCUGGGCUGAGCCCUACCCCAACUCAAGUCUCUGCACGUCACGUGGGUCGAGUGCUAUCUUUGUCAGGCACUGUAUUACGCUUAGGGGGUGUGAAAACUCACGAAGUUGAGUUUCUUGCUGAGUGCACGCGGUGCAGACACCGUUUCCGUGUUGCUGCUGAUGAUGAAUAUACUGCAAAUGCAGAGAUGCCCUCAGUUUGUCCUUCAGUAAUAAGCUUGGAGAGCAAGAAGUGCACUGGCACAUCUUUUUGCAAAGUUUCAGCCAAUACUCCGGUGAUACGCGACUAUCAGGAAAUGUUGAUUUGUGACUCAGCCGUUCACAGUGCAACUGCUGCAGGUGCAAGUUGGUUGCCAGCAAGUCUUGCCAGGAGUUCAAAAAAAACAGCCGUAGGUGAAAUCUUUGGGUCUAAAUCAAGUUCUGUGUCUGAUAAGUCACGGUCACUGUUAAUCAUUCUUGAGGAUGGUAUGGUCGACAAAUGCCACCCUGGGGAUGAUGUAUCCAUUACACUCACCGUACAUUCCCGCUGGAAUAUGUGUCACAGCAAACAACGUAUGCAACUAGUACUUGUCUGCCGCGCGACAAGUAUUCAACUGUUUGAAAAACGAAGAUUUGUUCAAAGGAAAGUCAAAAUCACGGACAUGGCUGCCUUUACCGAUUUCUGGAAGACUUACGACAUUACAGCAACUUCUACGUCAACUGGCAAUUUGAUGAAACCUGCAAAAUUGCGUGCGCUGCAGGGGAGAGAUGUGAUCCUGCGAAGCGUAUGUCCUCAACUAUUUGGUUUAGUUUCUACGAAACUCGCCUGCCUCCUCGCAAUAAUUGGGGGGGUAUCACGUGUUGACUCUAGCAGUACAGCUAAUAUCCGUGGGGAGAGUCACCUGCUCAUUGUAGGUGACUCGGGCACGGGGAAAUCACAACUGCUUCGAUACAUAGCUCAGGCCGCUCCAAGAGCGAUCAUUACGUCUGGUAUGAGCUCCACGGCUGCUGGUCUCACUGUUUCAAUUGCAAAUGCUGACAGCAGGGCAAACUGCUCAAUCGAAGCCGGCGCCCUUGCUCUUGCGGAUGGAGGACUUUGCUGUAUCGACGAAUUUGGCUUCAUACGGCCUGGUGAACUCACUGCAAUUCAUGAGGCAAUGGAACAACAGACUCUUUCAUUUGCGAAAGGAAGAGUGGUCGCUACGCUGCAGACCCGUUGCGCUGUCGUGGGCGCUUGUAAUACAAAAGGUUUUGCACAUAGUCUGUCUGCUUCUCUUGUCACGAGUACAUCUUUCUCACAGCCACUUCUUUCUCGCUUUGACUGUGUAAUGAUUCUUUCAGAUGAUCGGAAUGAAGAUGCAGAUCGCUUGCUUUCGACUCACAUGAUCUCACUUCACAGCACCGGCACGUCAAAUGAACAAAUUGGAAAACGAAACUUGCAGACUGAAACAGUUCUGAAAACGGCAAAACUAAAACUGGAUUUAUUCACGGCGGAACCAUCCAGUUCUGAGCAUGAGUCGAUACGACAUGAUUUUGAAGACAUUAAAGACGACACUGAAGCACGCUCUACUAGACCUAAGUUGUGGCCCCUUGAUCGAAUUCGGUCCUAUAUCGCACUUGUGCGUUCUAAUAUUGAUCCGGCUAUUUCUACUGAGGCUGAAGCUCUUUUGCGAGGUUAUUACCAGAUGCAGCGCCGGAAAAAGGAAAACAUCUCGGGGCACCCAACCAUUCGUUUACUUGAAAGUUUGAUUCGUUUGACACAAGCACACGCGCGACUAUUGUGGAUGGACAUGGCGACAGAGCGAGACGUGGUGGUUGCUGUGAGUCUUGUCGAGAAUUCGUUCUCUCAGCCGUUAACUUCAAAGUCUGCACAAGAUCCCACUCUCUAUUUUAGAGGUUUUGUUUCAGACCAGGAAACUCACCAACAGAAGUUGCAACUUCUACAACGAAUCAGUGAAGAGCUUGGCCCUACAUGGUAAUAUUUGGUCAAGUGUCGUGAUUUUUGUGAAGAAAAUUUACUUCCUUUCCCU